AGGCUGCGGGCCGCCGCGUUGUGACGUCACAAAGAGAACCGUAGAGCGUCCUUUAACCAUCACAUGGAGCGCACGGAGAGGCAGGUGAGGGAUAUAUCUGCUUCGUACCGUGUGUCCGUAUAGAUCUCCCAUGGAGCGAGGGGACAGGCAGAUGAGGAAACCUCUGGUUGAGAAGAGGAGGAGAGCCAGAAUAAAUGAGAGCCUACAGGAAUUGCGUGGGAUCUUGUCUGACUCUGAGCUUCAGUCAAAAAUGGAAAAUGCAGAGGUUCUAGAACUGACUGUGAAACGCGUUGAACGGGUCCUCCGGAACAGAACAGCUGAGGCUGAUCUGUUAGAACAUGAGGCCAGUGAGCGUUUUACAGCCGGAUACAUCCAGUGUAUGCAUGAAGUUCACACCUUUGUAUCCAGUUGCCCUGGCAUCGAUGCCAGUCUGGCUGCUGAUCUUCUGAACCACUUGCUGGAGUCCAUGCCCCUGAGUGAGGGCAGCUUGCAAGACCUUGUGAUGGAUGUACUUCUGGAUUCCCCCAACUCUGAAGAGGGAUGUGGCUUGAGUUUUCUGGGAUCCUCCUCUGAGGACAGCUGCUCGGAUAUGGAGGAAUCUGAAGGGGAGAAGGCUGGAAUGGGUUUAGUCCAGGACAAUAGCCGUACCCCUGAAAUUCAGCCCCCGGCCUCUGCUAUGUGGAGACCAUGGUGACCAAAUGAAGGAUACAGAGCAUGGGGAGCCAUGCUCCUAUACUAGUGUUUAAUCUACAUCCACUAUGGACGUUCUACCACCUGUCAAUUCUGUAUUUUUGGAUCCUUCUAAUAGGAACUCAACCUAUAACGCAAAGGACUUUGUACUGUUGUAUAGGACGACCCAUGAAAAUUCUGAUGGUUCCACUGCCUCUUCCUUCUGGAUGUCUUUCACUAUGACUGUUGCAGACGCUGGAGCAUCGAAUACAAGUUUCCAUUACAGUGUUGUAGUGUAUAUAAAGAUUCCAUGUUAAUACUGUGCCGUACGGACGUUAAUGUUACUGUUCAUCCUAUCCAGUGUAUUAAGCAACAAGAGUGGAGGUGCCUUUUAUUUACAAGCUGGGUAUUCAGUUAGGUUGGUUUAUGUUGACUCACUGCCUACUACAAGAACCACUGCUCUAUAGUGGUUACUUUACGGUCUGUUGAAUGGAAGCAAGAUGAGUUUGGCUCAGCAUCAAGGCUUUCUGCCAUCUAAUUGUUGUUGGGAUACAACGGUCAUUAACAAGGAUGACGGUUGCACUUCAGUAACAGUUAGAGGGCCAUGUUCCCCACCCCCAUUUACGUAUAGUUAGUACUCCUGGGCUGUAUAUGCAUAGUGUCUAGUGCAUUGAGAUUUCAUCCCUAGCAGGGAUUUCUAGUCUUUGGAAAACUUGAGGUUCUACCUUCAGUGAAGGAGACUGUAGAAGUUUGUUCGGAUACCGAUUUGAAGGGUGCUAUAGGAAACAAACAUUUUUGACUUUGCAGGUAUUUGUGUAUAUUAGGAAGGUAACUUACGUGUGUUUUUUUUUUUUUUGUUUAUUUCUUUUCCCUGUUCAUGUAUAUAGCUUCUUAUAGAUGAAUGUGUAAUACAGUUGGGAUCGGGUACUCGUUUGUGAGAGUUGUGCCUGGAUCUUCUAAAUAUAUUGUCUUUUGCUUCUUGACAAGCACUUACUGUCUGGUUUUUAAAUUUCUCAUCUUGGAGGGUUUUUUUUUUUUUUUUUAAUUUUUAUUAUGCUGAAUGUACUAGUGUGUCUACAGAUAGAGACUGCAUCAAUUGCUAAAUAAAUUAACUAUCUUCAAACUUCA